AUGUACAGCUCGUACACAAGGACCUAUUCGGGGCCCACGCUGGAUCGAGCCACCGUCGGUCCGGGGGGUUGCCUCGACGGUGGAGGAGGCACUCUCCCCCCCGUCGUCUCUCAGCCCCCGGGACUGCCAGCAACGCACCCGCCACCCUUACUGCAUCCUGAAGUUACCCCUAAGCAAGCAGUUGUUGAAAGAGUAACCAAUUGCGAUGUCACUGCUAGUGGUCUGUUUGAGGAAAACGAUUGCCAAUCAUUGAUAGAGGAACGAUUGUUCCACAAUCUCGACACCCUCGGGACAAAGGAGUGGUAGUAUCGGCCAGUUCUGGAUGUACGAAGUUC